AAUUCCUAUUUUUUCAAGCCCAAAGCCAAAGGAAAACGUGCACAUAUUUAUAUAUAUGUGUUCUCUACUAUUCUUAUUUUUACCGUGCAUGCCAAAUAAAGAAGAGAGCAGAUCUCAAAAAGAAGAAGAAAAAAAGAAAUAGAAAAACAGGGCAGAUAGGAACGUUAGCUCUCGAUCUGCCCUUUCCAUUGCAAGAGAACAAUUACUAUUGGCUGAUUGCAACCAGAAGAAGCCUUCUUCCAUCUCUCUUGUUCGAUCCCCUUUCAACUCGAUCUGAUGUUGUGCACUUUCAAGCUGAGGAGCCUCCUCUUCGUGUGGCGAGCCCUGACGCUGGCGCUGGUCUCGUUCAUAUCCCAUUUCCUCUGGUGAUCAAUCCUUCUCUGGGGAACGCCUUUGAAUUUGGCUAUUAAUUAGCCACUGGGAUUAGCUAGGUCCUCGUUCUUGUCAUGCAUCUUCGUCGACGAUGGGAUCAAGGGACUACUACGAGAUCCUCAACGUCGGCCGUGACGCCACCGACGACGACCUCCGCAGGGCCUACCGCCGGCUGGCCAUGCGGUGGCACCCCGACAAGAACCCCGGCGGCAAGGCCGACGCCGAGGCCAGGUUCAAGGAGAUCACCGAGGCAUACAACGUGCUCACCGACGCGGACAAGAGGGCGGUGUACGACCAGUACGGGGAGGUGCCGCAGCCCGGCGGCGGCCGCGGCAGCGACGACAUCUUCGCCGAGUUCUUCGGGAGCACGCCGUUCACGUACUGCAGCACGGGCGGCGGCGGCAGCAAUGCGCGCGGCGGGAGGCAGCCCCCGCCGCCCCCGGCGUGGGACAGCGGGUUCGGCCGGUCGUACCGCCGCAGCCAGGGUGGUGGCGCUGGCGCUGGCGCGGCGCCCUCGAUGGCGCCGCCGCCGCCGCCCGUGGAGAGCAGGCUGGCGUGCACCCUGGAGGAGCUCUACGUGGGCGUCACCAAGAAGAUGAGGGUCUCCCGGAACGUCGUGGACGCCACCGGGAGGAUGCAGACGGAGUCUGAGCUCCUGUCGAUCGAGGUGAAGCCCGGGUGGAAGAAGGGCACCAAGAUCACGUUCCCGGGCAAGGGCAACCAGCAGUGGAACCAGCUCCCUGCCGACCUGGUCUUCGUGGUCGACGAGAAGCCCCACCCCGUGUACCGGCGCGACGGCAACGACCUGGUGGCCGAGGCCCGGGUGACUCUCGCCGAGGCGCUGGGCGGCACGGUCGUCGUCCUCGCCGCGCUCGACGGCCGCGAGCUGGCCGUGGACGUGGGCGGCGGCGAGGAGGACGACGCCCCCGUGGUGUGCCCCGGGUACGAGCUGGUGGUGCCGGCGGAGGGCAUGCCCAUCGCGCGCGAGCCCGGGCGCCGCGGCAGCCUCCGCAUCCGGUUCGACGUCGCGUUCCCGGAGCGGCUCACGCGCCGGCAGCGCGCGCAGGUCAAGCGCCUCCUCGAGGUCGGCUGCUAGCUACCUAGCUACCCGCCGGCCGGUCACCUAACCGGCGGCCAACGGGCUGCUUGGUCGUGCUACAUAGUACAUACCCAUGCACCUCAUGUGGAACUAGCUUGUAAAGGAGAUGAUCGAUGCUCAUAGAUAGGUCAGGCAAAACACGAUCACCAUUGUACUAGCUAAUCCAGACAUUUCUUUUCCCGUUCCUGCCAC